GAAUUCGCGCAGGUGCCCAUGAGUUGGGGCCUUUUCAAAACCUGUUAACAGUCCCGUUACCAACAACUCAACUCAUGUUCAAAAACAGACCCCUUUUCCAUCUCCUUGGUUUGUUAAUUUCACAAGUACUACUUGGAUCACAAAACCAAGUUCUGUCAUUUUUGUUUUUCCUUCUAAUCACCAUUUUGCUGUGACGAGCUUUUAACACAUCAUCCACCUCUCUUUAUUGGAUUUCGAAAGAGUUUUAUGGAAGGGUUGGUGAGUUCUGGGAUCAACCCAGUUCCUGUUUUUGGUCUUAGAAACCAAAGAUCUCGUCUUUUCUCUGAAUCAGUGCUGCAUCUAAAGAAGGGUCAGCGUGGGAUUCGAAUUGGGAUGGUGAAGAAGAACCAGUGUUCUUCCUUCGUUGUAGCCUCUGUUGGGGGCUCCCAUGUUGGCCAUUUUGAGAACACGCUUGCUUCCAAAGAAACUCUAGAGAUUUGGAGAAAUAGUGAUGCUGUGUGCUUUGAUGUCGAUAGCACUGUGUGCUUGGAUGAAGGUAUUGAUGAGCUUGCUGAAUUCUGUGGAGCUGGAAAGGCUGUUGCAGAAUGGACUGCUAGAGCUAUGGGUGGUUCUGUUCCUUUUGAGGAAGCCUUGGCUGCUAGACUGUCUUUGUUCAAGCCCUCUUUAUCUCAGCUUCAGAAUUUUCUUCAGCAAAAGCCCCCGAGGCUUUCGCCUGGCAUUGAAGAGUUAGUCCAGAAGCUGAAGGCUAAUAGCAUUCAUGUUUAUCUGAUCUCUGGUGGCUUCCGUCAAAUGAUCAAUCCUGUUGCAUCAAUUCUUGGGAUUCCACAAGAGAAUAUUUUUGCCAAUCAACUACUUUUCGGAAGCUCUGGAGACUUUCUGGGGUUUGAUGAAAAUGAGCCCACGUCAAGGAGUGGAGGAAAAGCUUCUGCAGUCCAAAAAAUCAAAAAGGCUCGUGGAUACAAAACAUUAACGAUGGUAGGGGACGGUGCAACUGAUUUUGAGGCACGUGGACCAGGUGGUGCUAACUUGUUCAUCUGUUAUGCGGGUGUUCAACUUCGUGAAGCUGUUGCUGCAAAAGCUGAUUGGCUAGUUUUCGAUUUUAAAGACCUCAUAAGUUCGUUGGGGUAACUGUUUUUUUCUUUUUCAUUUGUUUUUUCCUUUUUAUCCCACACAAUAAUUGUCCUAUUUUUUUAUGUUACUAUACCCGUUUAUAAGAGAACCAUAGAGUUUUCUAAAACGAACACAGCAAAUGAACUUUGAUGUGUGCUGAAUGACAUUAAAGUUGUAAGAUUUGUUUAUCUAAUUUUCUUAAAUUUA